AUGUGGCUCUAUAGAGGAGUCCAAUCCGCCGUCUUUUACUACGCCUCCUGUACGCCGUGUGCCAAUUCCAUCGACCGUCGAAAACGAUUAAAAGAUGCCGUCCGCUCGAAACGCGAAAGGGAAAGGUCCGAAGCCCUUGUUACCGAUCAACCGAGACCGUUCGCCCAACCGAUUCCCUUCAGUACGAAUCCAGGAUGGAACGAGGAAAUCGCAUUAGGCCCAGGGCCGCCCGCCAGGAACCAUCGCGCCCUUAAUCGUCGCACCGAUAGUUGGAAUGUGGAUGGUAUGUCGGACUGCAGCUUGGAUGCGGAUGUGGAAGGCCCGUCGUCGUCGCAAAAGAAGGACAAGAGACCCCUUAGAGGAGAUCGGUGGAGUCGCAUGCGGUACCAGCGUGAAGAUGAAGUCUUGUGGGGUGAGGCUGAAGUCAAAGGUUCCUCGGUUGGUCUUUCCGGUCGCGGCAAAACGGAUGCCAAAGAACCCAGCAAAUACUAUAUUGCCCGCGUUCCUCCCGUCAACGACCUCCAUCCGCCCAUCGUAAGUGGUCCCAAGAGCAGAGCGGAGACGAGAUGGAUGCUGCAGCCUCCGCCUAGUGCCAAGGUCAUGGCGGGAAAGGAGCGGUCCCGCGUUUCGGUCCGUUGUAGCCCUCCUGGCAGCUCGCGACUAGAUGAGGAUGAUGAGGAUGUGGUGUUGCCCGAGCGAAACCAACAACAGCGCCAAUUACAACCUUCUGCUCUUUCUUCCGUCCCCGAGAAGAGCAAGCCUCCCAAGCCCUCCCCGAUUACCGUAUACCCCAGUUACCAUGCCCAAAGAGCAUCGGAUCCUGAACAGAGCCCUCGAGUUCACCGGCUGUCGUCAAAUUUGCACGCUCAUGGACGGGAUGAGUCGAACUUCGUCAUCGCAUCGCUCCAUUCGCCUUCAGAACCUCCUUCACCUUUAUCCUCGCCAGCAGAGUCGGAAGAGGGAAUGUCAUGGCGUUGCCCAGAGACCCCAGUUUCGCGACCUGUAUCCAAAGCGACCGAUGAAAGCAAGGUCUACCGCCCAGCCAUUUCGAAAACCCUAUCUACUUUACACCGUGAUCAUAGCAACAAUAAAGUCCAGCUUUUACAAUUGGAAAUCAAUGACCACCCUGAUGAUGUCGGAAUGGGUCAAUUUGAACAAAUACGACCAUACCGUUGGAGUAUGGACAUAUGA